AUGGUAAUAUCAGUCGCUCCAUGUCCAUAUCAGCGUGCUCGAUAUGAAGACGAAUGUUCAAAGGCUAAUAGAUACAUUUUUGUACCUUGGAAUGGAAUUUUGACACUCAUCAUCCCCGAUCUACGUUCAAGUUUACCAGCGGGUGUCACUGUCUGGUUGCGCAUCACUCGCAUUACAAUACCACAUGGCGCAAGUGGCCUCAUUUUACUUCAUCCAUAUCCGAUAUGGAUUAAUAACGAUUAUGCCAAAGUUCAUGAUGGCUCAUUGUAUAUUCGAGUCACCGAACAAGAUAUGGCAAAUGGUUUCAUCAAGAUCGAAUAUCUUGCCAUACUUCGACUUAGACAACGUGAUCUAGCAAAAAUGAAAACAUUAGCCAUUUAUUCACAAACACAAUUAGCGUCCACUAUAGAAAAAACAACGGUAAUCACGGCUGACUUUGUGAUUGUUGGCGGAGGUACUGCUGGAUGUGUUUUGGCUGCUCGAUUAGCUGAACGCGGUUUUGAAACGCUUCUCAUAUCCAGUGGUUCCAAUGACACGUCAAAUCCAAUGAUGAGACAAAAAUCGGAAUUCGCUCGCUUACAACGUACUUUGUUCUUCAAACAUUAUUUACCUUCAAACGCCUCACCGAAUCUUAAUAAUCGAACUUUGGAUGCUAUAGUAUGGAAGACACUUGGGGGAAAUAGUGUGAACGGUGGUGGAAUGGAACGAAUGAUGGCAAAUGAUUGGAAUUCUUUUGUUGAUGCAACUAGAGAUACAUCUUUUCAUCAUGAAAAUAUGUCUAGAUAUUACAAAAUGGUUGAAAAUUUUACAUCAACUGACUCAUCACUAGUUUCCAACAUUCAUGGUAACAAUGGUCCAAUAAAAAUAACUCAAGCUCAUGAUACUAUAUUCAAAGAAGUAUGGAAAAAUGUUGCUCAUGAACUCAACGAAGCAUUUAGUGAGGAUUUAGCAGAUAAUAUGGACCACGGUUUAUCAUUUGAACCUUCAUCAUAUACCGAUGGAUUGAGAAGUUGGAGUGGUGAUGCUUAUUUGACUCCUAACAUAGCCAAAUAUCCAAAUCUGAAAGUUAUGACAAGUACCACUGCAAUAAAGUUUAAUUUGAAUGAAAUAACUAAGCGCAUAGAUAACAUUUUAUUUCUAUCAUUCGACGGCUUCUUUUACGGUGUCGCCAAAAAAGAAUAUAUUUUGUCUGCUGGUACAUUCUACAGUCCUCAUAUACUCAUGUUAUCAGGUAUCGGUGAUCCUGAAAUUCUUCAAAAGCAUCAAAUUCCAGUGAAACAUGAAUUGAGACAAGUGGGCAAGCAUAUGAUGGAUAAUGGUGCAAUAAUUGUUCGAUAUAAAACUGAAAAUCUUCCCAUCAACCAAUCGAUACCAGUUGGCUUAGUCAAUACUCAACUGCCCACAACACAUAUCAAUCCUGAUAUGUUUUUUAUGCUAAAAAUGGAUGUACAAUCAAAAAGUCUCAAUGUUUUGAUAUUUAACGCUUCACCGAAAUCUACGGUCGGCUCUAUUUCACUGCACAAGGCUGAUCCAUUGACGCCACCCAAAAUAACUUUAGAUUAUUUGAAAGACAAGCAAGACUUACAAACAUUUAUUGAUAGCAUUCAUUAUGAAUCACAGACACAAGAUGAAAAAAUGAAUUAUAAUUGUCUUAUUUAA